AUGUGGAUCGGCCCUCCUAUAUGUUGUGAAGUGGAUGACUCUCCUAUGUGUUGUGAAGUGGAUGACUCUCCUAUGUGUUGUGAAGUGGAUGACUCUCCUAUGUGUUGUGAAGUGGAUGACUCUCCUAUGUGUUGUGAAGUGGAUGACCCUCCUAUGUGUUGUGAAGUGGAUGACUCUCCUAUGUGUUGUGAAGUGGAUGGCCCUCCUAUGUGUUGUGAAGUGGAUGACUCUCCUAUGUGUUGUGAAGUGGAUGACCCUCCUAUGUGUUGUGAAGUGGAUGACUCUCCUAUGUGUUGUGAAGUGGAUGACCCUCCUAUGUGUUGUGAUGUGGAUGACUCUCCUAUGUGUUGUGAAGUGGAUGACUCUCCUAUGUGUUGUGAAGUGGAUGACCCUCCUAUGUGUUGUGAAGUGGAUGACUCUCCUAUGUGUUGUGAAGUGGAUGACUCUCCUAUGUGUUGUGAAGUGGAUGACCCUCCUAUGUGUUGUGAAGUGGAUGACUCUCCUAUGUGUUGUGAAGUGGAUGACUCUCCUAUGUGUUGUGAAGUGGAUGACCCUCCUAUGUGUUGUGAAGUGGAUGACCCUCCUAUGUGUUGUGAAGUGGAUGACCCUCCUAUGUGUUGUGAUGUGGAUGACUCUCCUAUGUGUUGUGAAGUGGAUGACCCUCCUAUGUGUUGUGAUGUGGAUGACUCUCCUAUGUGUUGUGAAGUGGAUGACCCUCCUAUGUGUUGUGAAGUGGAUGACCCUCCUAUGUGUUGUGAAGUGGAUGACCCUCCUAUGUGUUGUGAAGUGGAUGACCCUCCUAUGUGUUGUGAUGUGGAUGACCCUCCUAUAUGUUGUGAAGUGGAUGACUCUCCUAUGUGUUGUGAAGUGGAUGACUCUCCUAUGUGUUGUGAAGUGGAUGACCCUCCUAUGUGUUGUGAUGUGAAUGGCCCUCCUAUGUGUUGUGAAGUGGAUGACCCUCCUAUGUGUUGUGAAGUGGAUGACCCUCCUAUGUGUUGUGAUGUGGAUGACUCUCCUAUGUGUUGUGAUGUGGAUCGGCCCUCCUAUGUGUUGUGA